AUGGAAAGUUACAGAAGAAGGUUGGGGCUAGAGACUGCUAUUUGCAAUGUUUCUAGCAAAAUUUGGGCCUUUGUUGAUGAAGAGUAUGAAGUAACAGUCUUGAUGGACACAGUCCAGCAGCUUACACUGAAAUUAUUCAACUGGGAUGUAGAUAUGGAAUUGGUUGUCACCUUGGUUUAUGCUAAGUGUGAUAGGAUAGAAAGAAUUGAACUAUGGGAUUCUCUGUAUAAUCUUGCUUCUGAUAUGACAAUUCCAUGGUUAGUGGGGGGUGACUUUAAUGUCAUCACUGAUGAAGAGGAGAAGUAUGGAGGUUUACCUGUGUCUCUGAAUGAAGUUGAAGAUUUUAGGCACUGUAUUCAAUCAUGUAAUCUAACUGAUUUGGGAUACAAGGGAAGUGUUUUUACCUGGUGGAAUGGGAGAGGGGAAGAUGAUUGUGUAUUCAAGAGACUGGAUAGGUGUUUGGGUAACUUUGAGUUACAGCAGUUGUUUCCAGGCUUGGAAAUUAAUCAUUUGAUUAAAUGUGGUUCAGAUCACUCUCCUUUGCUGCUGGAAUGCAAACAAGAGGUCCAACAAUUCAAGAAACAUUUCAAAUUCUUAAAUUUUUGGACUAAGCAUGAUACUUUUAUUGAUGUUGUGAAAGAAAAUUGGGAGACGGAUGUGGUUGCUAAUUCAUUCUGGACAUUUAAUGUGAAGCUGAAGAAAAUGAAACAGGUCUUAUCCCAAUGGAGCAGGUCCACUUAUGGUGAUAUUUUUCAGCAGAUCACGAACCUUGAGGAAGUGAUUAAAGCUCAUGAAGCACUCUUUGAAUCAAAUCCAUCUUAUGCUAACAGGGAGAAACUGAUGAAAGUGCAAGCGGAACUUACUAGAGUAUUGCAUUUGGAGGAGGAAUUUUGGAAGCAAAAAGCUGGAAUGUCUUGGUUUCAAGAUGGUGACAAGAAUUCCAAAUUCUUCCAUGCUUAUGUGAAGGGCAGAAGAAAAAUGCUGCAAUUGAAAAGAAUACAGAACUCGCAAGGGCAAUGGCUUGACAAUGAGGAAGAGAUUGCAGAGGAGGCUAUUGGGUUUUUUCAGGCACAAUUUCAUGAAACUGUGAUUCCCACACAGUUUGAUAUCCUGAAACAUGUUCCUUCCAUGAUUACUAAUGAGCAGAAUGAAGAACUAGUUGCAGUUCCUACGAAAGAAGAGGUGAAACAUGCUGUUUUUGGUUUAAACAGUACAAGUGCAGGCGGUCUUGAUGGGAUAUCCUAG